AUGAAAUCAUUGAAAAAUGAUCGAUAUUGGAUUUUAACAGUUCAUUCAACAUUAAAUUUAUUUGCUGCUGCAAGUGUAAGAAAAGGCAAAGAUGAUUCAGGUGUUUUUCUUCAUACAACAUUAAAUCAUAUUAAGUAUGCACUUAUUAAUGGUGAUCAUGGAAUUAUUCAUAUACUUGAUUUAUAUAUUUGUAUAACAAAAGUUAAAAUACCUGAUAUAAAUCUAAAUGCUAAAUUAAUUUUAUCACCAUGUUCAAUAAGUCAAUAA